AUGGUGAAUUAUACGGUUGAUGUUAUCACAGCGUCAGAAGCCAUUCGAUUAAUCCCCCGGUUCCUUCGACCCAUUGUAGCUCCGUUCCUCGGAUCUUACAGGAAGAUCAAAUCCGAGCUUGCCGAGGCAAAAUCUAUCAUUAACCCCAUACUAGAAGAGAGAAGACGAGAGAAAGAGACUGCAUUGAGAUUGGGAAAGCCAAUUCCAUAUAACAACGAUGCAAUGGAAUGGAUGGAGCAGACUGCCAAAGGGCGACCGUACAAUCAAGCGGCCAUGCAGCUGGCUCUCUCCGUCGUGGCCAUCCAUACGACCUCAGAUAUGAUUACCCAGAUUGUUUUCGACCUAUGUGGAAGAGAGACACUUAUUCAAGAGUUACGACAAGAGAUCAUAUCGGUCAUUUCUCAAAAAGGGUGGAAAAAGACUGCUCUCUACAAACUCCAGCUGAUGGAUAGUUUUCUGAAAGAGUCACAGCGUAUGAAACCAAUCAACAUUGUCUUCAUACGCAGAAUCGCCGAAGAAAAUAUCAAAUUAAGUGAUGGAACAUCAAUCGUCAAGGGAACAUCACUUGCAGUCCCGAAUUACUGGAUGUGGGAUGAGAAGUUCUACGAGAAUCCCAAUACCUUCGACCCAUAUCGUUUCUUAAAGAAACGACGAACCCCUGGUCAGGGGACCAACGCUCAUCUCGUGUCUGCUUCGGCCGAAUACCUUGGCUGGGGACUUGGAAAGCAUGUUUGCCCUGGCAGGUUCAUCGCCAGCAACGAGAUCAAGAUUUUCCUAUGUCAUGCGCUUCUCAAAUAUGACUUCAAACUUGCUGAAGGAUCUAUUCCUCAACUCAGACGACAAGGCUUUGCUUUACAUGCCGACGAUAGUGCGAAAGUCUCCAUUCGCAGGCGACGAGAGGAAAUCGUACUCGAAGAUAUUUUCGACUGA